AUGGAUGAGGCAGCAAAAGGAGCAGACGUCCCUCGAACAAAUUUUGGAACUUUCGUGACAACAUUUGGCAAAACGAUACUUGGCGCACUGAACGCGGCUUUUGACGAUGACAACAGUGGACAGCAGCUUCAACUGUUGCUUCCUGAUUUCAGUGAUUUCAGGCUUUUGGAGUUGUUGGAGCAAGGAAGUGUUCGGGAAUGA